UAAAUAUUAGUGGCUUUCAAGUAAUCACGGGUGCAUCUUCUUUAUUGUUGUCUGAAUUUUAUCUUAACUUUCUGUGUCAUUCUGCAAAUAAUCAUUCCACUUUGUGCGCCACAUCUUGACUCUAUUUGCAUUCCAACUUCGCACACUUCACAGCGAGUUGAGUUCUAGGACCGCAAGAUUCUCAGAUUAGCCGGCUCGUGGGUUUAUCUCAUUAGUGGCAGCGAUGGAGACUUAUACAUUGCCAUGCGCCGCCCAAAGCGUGGGACCGGCAAAUCAACUGAUUGGCCUCCUAAUCAACACUCUGCUCGCCUCGCAAUGCGCCCUGUCGCCGCCGGAAAUGUGGCCAAAGGACUACGGACCGACAGCACUGGAGAAAGGUUUUGAGGAGUAUGACUUCAUCGUUGUCGGCGCAGGAUCUGCAGGAUCAGUUGUUGCUAAUCGCCUGAGUGAGAAUCCCAACUGGAAAGUCCUUCUCCUCGAGGCAGGAGGAGAUCCACCCAUAGAAUCUGAGAUGCCUUGCAUGCAAUUCACACUGCAAAACACGGUGCAUGAUUGGAACUUUAGGACGACACCGUCCAAGAAGUCCAGCUUGAGCCAUCCGAAUGGCAUUCUGUGGUCACGCGGGAAAUUCCUCGGUGGCACAAGUGGGUUGAAUCACAUGCUUCAUCUGCGCGGAAACAGUCGUGAUUACGAUCGAUGGGAAUUGGAUCGCAAUACCGGAUGGGGAUGGAAUUCGGUGUUGCCGUACUUCAAGAAGUCUGAAGACAUGAUAAAUGAACAAUUGCCCAAUACAAUCGCUGCCACGAAUCACGGACGUGGCGGUCCACUGAAGAUUGGCACUUUCCGCAGCAGUGAUCCAAUGCGAGAUGUCCUUCAGAUGGCUGCCAUUGAACAGGGUCACAGGAUAAUUCCGGAUAUUUAUGGUGAUGAAUAUCUGGGAUUCGGCAGUGCAUCCGCGACUUUCGAUAAUGGCACACGGUGCAGUUCCGCGAGAGGAUAUCUCGUCCCGGCGCGAGAUCGACCAAAUCUGCACGUUAUCAAAAAUGCACACGUGACGAAAGUACGAAUUGAUCCUUUAAUAGUCACGGCAACAGGUGUUUAUGUAACAUUCAACAAGAUGACUGAAAUGGCAGUUAGCGCUAGGAAAGAGGUGAUCUUGACAGCAGGAGUCAUCAAUACUCCACAAAUCCUUAUGCUUUCCGGCAUUGGACCUCAAAAAUACAUGAAGAAACUCAGCAUUCCAAUGGUGACAGAUUUGCCUGUCGGAAGAAGUCUUCAAGAUCAAGUUGCUGUGCCAUUAUUCAUGAAAAUUCCAAAGAUGGGCGGAACAGGAGGACCUCCUGUAGAAACUCCAAUCCCAAAUGUGCCUCAACCACCGAAGGAAGUGCCGAUAUGUCCUCAUGGAGUGCAACAAGAAAAGAAAGCAGUUGAUUUCACACCCGAAGAAAUUGAAGCAUAUUAUCACUAUUUGACUAAAAGAAACAUUUCCGACAAUUUCGUCCUUGAUUUCGUAGGAUUCUUCAACACAGUGAACAUCACAGAUCGCUUUCCAGACAUUCAAUUCCAAUACAAUCUCUUUAAGAUGGGAGAUAAAGCAAUAUUCCCGAAGUUUUUGGAAACAAUGGGCUAUGAAGACACAAUUAAUUCCGUCUUGGAGUCUGCCAUUGAUCAAGGAGACAUCCUUAUAGCGUGGAUCAUUCAUCUUCAGCCCAAAUCAAUGGGAAAACUCAAAAUGCAAACAGCCAAUCCACUCGAUCCACUCAUGAUCAAUCACAAAUACCUCGAGAAGCGCGAAGAUGUGGACACUUUAGUUCGUGGCAUUGAAAUGCAGAAGAAAUUCCUCCUGACAAAUGCAUUCUUGCAAAAUCAAGUGGCGGAGCUGCAAAUUCCCAUUCUAACGUGCGGAAUUAACGACGGCACGAAGAGAUACUGGGAUUGUUACUGUCGACAAAUGGUCACCACGAUGUACAACAGCGUUGGAACGGCCAAGAUGGGUCCGGACACCGAUCGAAAUGCCGUCGUCGAUCCUCGACUCAAUGUCCGAGGUGUUAAGGGUCUCAGAGUGGCUGAUGCCAGCAUUAUGCCGAGUCUCCCAAGCGGCAGCACAAAUGCUCCAACUGUAAUGAUUGCUGAGAAAGCAUCGGAUCUUAUUAAGGAAGACUGGAUUGCUCGCGAAUCUCUGGCCAAUCGCCAAGAACUGUAGAAUCUCGCUGGGAAGUUGCAUGAUUUUACGCUAAAUCUCACUUAUAAUUUACUAACGGAUGUGGUUAAUAUUUGGGCAAUAAUAAAACCAAAGUAUUAUAUUAACGGGAUAUUUUGUAGUCCUUAAGAAUUUCUAAUCAAGCGAGUCAUGAUGGUACAAUUAAUAUCUUAGAAUCUCAAUCCCAAAAAGUUCUAAUUCAAUCCCCAAAAGCCCCAUUUAUGUUGCAUGUGAUUCUUAACUUCAAGCCUAACUCACUUUUCUAAGAUUUAAGAGACUUUAAAAAUCUACAUAAUUGCUUCAUUGUCUCUUCUAGAUCCCCAACCUCUUUUU